GGGAAGAUUAUUUUCACUUUGUUAAAUAUUGAUUGGAUACCGAUUAUCGUAUAUAACCUCCCAGGGGUGGAUCUUUCUCCCCCAGUCCUCCAAGCAUCUACGCCCCAAGACUUAAGUUCUCCAAAAAGUCAACGAUGCGAUUCUGGAGUGCCUUCGUCUCGGUCGCCCUACUUCGCACUGUUGCGGCGCAUUUCCACGUUGGCAAAGUCACUUGCGAGGUAAUCGCACCAAAUACUCAGAAUACAGAGAGCGUAGUUGGGGCUGUCAUCCCUUCUUGGCUAGACGGGACUGAUCAGUAUCAGUGCGAAGAUAUCGUGGACAACUGGGUCGGCGAAGAGAUCCAACCUGGUACAUUCGAGACCGUCACGAUUUGUAACCAUCAGGUUACGAUUAAUCCUGAUCUCAGCUCCUAUACUGAAACCCAGACCGGACAUCAGGGACCCUGCUUCCCCGUUGGAAAGAGCACCAGCUGUGCGAAUAGCAACGGCCAAAAGUGUACAUGGCAGGAUCAGGCUUUCUGCCAGGCGGACCAUAUAUGCUAGUGCUAGGAUCUGGCGGAGCUAGCACCUAGGAUUACAGUCACUGCGUUUAGGUCCAAAUUUUCCACAGCCCUUUCCGCAAUAUAUAUAUAUAUAUAUAUAUAUAUAUAUAUAUGGGUGCAUGUUAUCCGACAGCGGGGAAACCACAUGCCCACAGUUUCUUUUGUGCAAUCCUCUCGCUUCGUCUUGUUACAUGUCGUUGUUGUGUUUAUUUUAAAGUAUGUGUUCCCGU